AGUGAUUGGCUAGAAAAGAAACUCCGGCCUUCAACGUUCGUGACGCUCCGCCAUUUUCCGUGAGCAGCGCGGAUCACUGACAGCGACAGUAGGAAGCCGUGAACUCAAGUGAAUCAAUGGCUUCACAGAAAUGUCUCGUCCAAGGAUGCCAAGCUCCGGGUCCAGUGACCAAUUCCCAAAUCCGCAUAUACAGUAUGAGGUUCUGCCCCUUUGCUGAAAGGACGCGUUUGGUUCUCAACGCCAAGGGUAUCAACUAUGAAGUCAUUAACAUCCAUCUGAAGAACAAACCUAGUUGGUUCUUUGAAAAAAAUCCAGCGGGUACCGUUCCAGUUUUGGAAACUGUGCAGGGUCAGCUGAUCUGUGAAUCACCAAUCACGUGUGAGUACCUGGAUGAAAUGUUUCAGGACAAGAAGCUCUUUCCUGCUGACCCAUUUAAGAAGGCCCAACAGAAGAUGCUGCUUGAGGAGUUCUCCAAGGUUGUUCCAUUUUUUUAUAAAAUCCCUAUUGGGAAGAGCAAGGGUGAGGAUACGUCUGCCGAGGAAGAAGAACUGAAAGGGAAAUUCAUAAAACUCAAUGAGGUUCUAGUUGGCAGGAAGACAAAGUUUUUUGGAGGAGAUUCUUUGACUAUGAUUGAUUACUUGAUGUGGCCUUGGUUUGAGAGGGUGGAUGGCUAUGGAGUGGCACGCCUCUUGGAUGCAGCCCCGGCGCUGAAGGAGUGGAUGAAGCGUAUGGUUGAGGAUCCAACUGUCAAGGCAACCAUGUUUGAUGGCGAGACCCACAAAGCUUUUCUCAAGAGCUUCUUUGAUGGCAAACCCAACUAUGACUUAGGCCUGUAGAGAUUUUUCUUGUCUGUUCUUGUCUUUGAUUUAUUGCUUUCUGUUUUUUUAAUCAAUCAGGUCUAUAUUCUCUAUCAAGUAACUUUCCAUAUCUACUGUGGUGAUUGUGAUUGUAAUAGACCAAGUUAUUGCUGGGAUGGUUUGCAUGACGAUAAAGUGAUUUUUUUUUUAAAUGUUUUGAUAUUUGAUAUUGAAAGUUCUACUGUUGGUCCUCCUAACUACUUUCUUUUCAUGGUGUGUGGGUCACUUAAUGCCUCGCUUCUUCAUUCCACUGGCAUAAUAAUGUAUAUUUGGUCACAGUUCAUCCAUGCAAGUUAAAUUAAGCUAACACUUUAGUAAUCUCAGAUGCAUUACCGACAACAGCCACAAGAUGUCUCUACUGAUUUGUAGAGAUGUGACGUCAGUCUAACUUGGGUAAACAAAGGUGGACAGUCUCCUUCUGCCAAAUGGGUGUUUCCCAGUUGACUCAGCCUCAGACAUCUUUUUUAUUAUUACCAAUUACCAUCAAUAAUUACAGUGUCUGAACAAUGGAAAAUUUCAGAUAAUGGCUUCCUGUCAAAUAUCUAUGUCUGCUCAAUGUGAAAAGUUUCAUAAUAAAACGAAUGAUGAUC